CGAUGGGGCCUAAAUGUUAGAUUUGCACCAUCGAGUCUAGGCAGCGAAAAGCUUAUAUGCUAGUGACCGGGAAAUUUUAUGUGUGUUAAUUAUCGAUUAGGAUAGUAGUUAUAUUGCUGGCAGUGGAGCCUGAGUGAUCGCUCAAUCUGCCCGAGAGCUGGCUGCGUUGUUGCUGGCUGCUACUAAACCAAUAAUAAUAAUUCAUGUUCCUUUUUGCAUUUAAACUUCAACGAAAAAGGAACAUGUCGCAGGGCAAGCAUCAGAAGAACACGUCCUUCUUGAAUCUUGAUCAUUCAGUUGGUGAUAGACGAUAUAAUUACGAUCACCGAAAAGUGGUAGCGUACGUGUUGAGUGUGAACCAUUUCGUCCUGGGAUCCCAACUGAAAAUUGGACAUGAGUCGGUGCGUAGAGCAAACACACACAAGUGCAAAAUCAAUUAGCAGGUACACUGAACAAAGUGCUUUAAAUCAAUAGCGAUCGCAUGCCGUUCGAUGUCCUCGCAUCACGGUGAUUUUCUUACCUACGUUUCGAACCACAUGUAUACAACGUAAUUCGGCGGUGAAAAUAGGUCACGUCGUUAGUCAAACGAGGCAUAUGCAUAACAAGUGACCUGAACCAACAACAGUGACCCUCGAAACUACUACUCUGAUCUCAGUGAUCACUGUAAACUUGAGGUUAAUUAGUUCUGCCCUGUGGAUGUGUUACCUAAGUUUUACUCUCUCCAUUUAUUUUAUAUCAUAAGUCGUUUUAAUUUUUUUUCCUAGUCAAACUUCUUGUUGUCUGAUUAAGUUUACAGAAAAAUUUAGUAGCAUUUUUAACACAAAACAAACAUAUUAUUAAAAUAUAUUCAAUACUAGAUUUAAUAAAACUAAUUUGAUAUUCAAAGUGUUGCUAUUUUUUCUAUAAAUUUAGUCAAAUAUAACAAAGUUUGAUUAGGAAAAAAACCAAAAUGACUUAUAAUAUAAAAUGAAGGAAGUACUCGUUACCCAACUAGCCGAGCAUUAGCAAAACAUAGCAAAUCUUAUCACACAAAGUUGCAACUAAGAGACCGAUAUAUACACACACAUAUUUCCCUCCUCAACUGCCGGUUUCACCCAAAGUCGUCCGUCCAUGCCUCCACAAAGGUGGCAUGAGAGGUCACGAAAGCUGAGAAGAAACUGAAAAAGGCCGGCAAAUUCAGUCAGUGAUCAGACAUGCGGGGAGGCAUGGCCAUCACGGCGGCGCUCGUCGUCGUCGCGGCGGCGGCGGAGAGCCGGUGGGCGGAGUUGGGAAGGGAGAUCACGUACGAUGGCCGGGCUCUGGUGGUGAGUGGCGCACGGAGGAUGUUCUUCUCCGGCGACAUGCACUACGCCAGGAGCACCCCUGAGAUGUGGCCAAAACUCAUAGCAAAAGCAAAGAACGGUGGCCUCGAUGUGAUACAAACCUAUGUCUUCUGGAACGUUCACGAGCCUAUCCAGGGUCAGUAUAACUUUGAGGGAAGAUAUGAUCUUGUAAAAUUCAUCAGAGAAAUUCAAGCUCAAGGGCUUUAUGUAAGCCUCAGGAUUGGUCCCUUCGUAGAAGCAGAAUGGAAGUACGGAGGGUUUCCAUUUUGGCUACAUGAUGUUCCCAGCAUUACCUUCCGAAGUGACAAUGAACCCUUUAAACAACACAUGCAAAAUUUUGUCACAAAGAUAGUAACCAUGAUGAAACAUGAAGGGCUUUAUUACCCACAAGGAGGCCCCAUCAUCAUUUCUCAGAUUGAGAAUGAAUACCAGAUGAUUGAGCCUGCAUUUGGCGCAAGUGGACCACGUUAUGUCCGUUGGGCAGCUGCAAUGGCUGUUGGUCUCCAAACAGGUGUUCCAUGGAUGAUGUGCAAGCAGAAUGAUGCUCCAGAUCCAGUUAUUAAUACCUGUAAUGGGCUCAUUUGCGGAGAAACAUUUGUUGGACCAAACUCACCUAACAAGCCUGCAUUGUGGACAGAAAAUUGGACAUCUCGCUACCCUAUAUAUGGUAAUGAUACAAAAUUGAGAGCUCCAGAAGAUAUUGCGUUUGCAGUUGCACUUUUUAUAGCAAGGAAGAAAGGUAGCUUUGUGAGCUACUACAUGUACCAUGGAGGGACAAACUUUGGGAGGUUUGCUGCUUCAUAUGUAACAACAAGCUACUAUGAUGGAGCUCCUCUUGAUGAAUAUGGUCUAAUAUGGCAACCUACAUGGGGUCAUCUUAGAGAAUUGCAUUGUGCAGUAAAGCAAUCAUCAGAACCAUUACUAUUUGGGAGCUACUCCAAUUUUUCAUUAGGCCAACAACAAGAGGCACAUGUUUUUGAAACAGAUUUCAAGUGUGUGGCUUUUCUAGUAAACUUCGAUCAGCAUAACACACCAAAGGUAGAAUUCCGUAAUAUAUCUCUGGAGCUGGCCCCUAAGUCCAUCAGUGUUCUCUCAGAUUGCAGAAAUGUAGUUUUUGAAACAGCCAAGGUGAGUGAUCUACUAAGGAAUAUACUCUGUUUUUUAAUUACAUGUAAAUACAAACACAUCCCCUCAUGUUCAUUUAUUUAUUUGUUUUCAUCACAGGUAAAUGCUCAGCAUGGUUCAAGAACAGCUAAUGCAGUACAGUCUCUCAAUGACAUUAAUAAUUGGAAGGCAUUCAUAGAGCCAGUUCCUCAAGACUUGAGCAAGUCUACGUACACUGGAAACCAACUAUUUGAACAGCUCACAACAACUAAAGAUGAGACAGAUUAUCUCUGGUACAUUGUCAGCUACAAAAAUAGAGCAAGUGAUGGCAACCAGAUUGCCCAUCUCUAUGUCAAGUCACUAGCACAUAUAUUGCAUGCUUUUGUCAACAAUGAAUAUGUAGGGAGUGUACACGGCAGUCAUGAUGGACCUCGCAAUAUAGUGCUCAACACGCACAUGUCUCUUAAGGAAGGAGAUAACACCAUAUCAUUGCUUAGUGUAAUGGUUGGAUCACCGGAUUCUGGCGCCUACAUGGAAAGAAGAACAUUUGGGAUUCAGACAGUGGGUAUACAGCAGGGACAACAGCCAAUGCAUCUCCUCAACAACGACCUAUGGGGAUACCAAGUUGGCUUAUUUGGAGAAAAGGAUAGUAUCUACACGCAAGAAGGAACAAACAGUGUUCGAUGGAUGGAUAUCAACAAUUUGAUAUAUCAUCCGCUUACUUGGUAUAAGACAACCUUUUCCACACCACCGGGCAAUGAUGCAGUGACACUAAACCUUACUAGCAUGGGAAAGGGCGAAGUAUGGGUCAAUGGAGAGAGCAUCGGACGGUAUUGGGUCUCCUUCAAGGCUCCAAGUGGGCAGCCCUCUCAAUCACUAUAUCACAUACCACGAGGCUUCCUGACACCUAAAGACAAUCUCCUCGUCCUUGUUGAGGAAAUGGGAGGCGACCCGCUACAGAUUACCGUGAAUACAAUGUCUGUCACAACAGUAUGUGGAAAUGUCGAUGAGUUCUCCGUCCCCCCUCUCCAGUCUAGAGGAAAGGUUCCAAAAGUGCGAAUCUGGUGCCAGGGAGGCAAUCGUAUCUCAUCAAUUGAGUUCGCAAGUUACGGGAACCCCGUGGGAGACUGCCGAAGCUUUAGAAUUGGAAGUUGCCAUGCAGAAUCAUCAGAAUCCGUCGUAAAGCAGUCUUGCAUAGGCAGGAGGGGAUGUUCUAUUCCCGUAAUGGCAGCCAAGUUUGGAGGUGACCCGUGCCCCGGGAUCCAAAAAAGUCUUCUAGUUGUGGCGGAUUGCAGGUGAUGCAACACAGGAAACUAAUCAUGGGGAAUCGCAAUAUCAAUAUAGGAGAAGCAAAAUCAAAAUAAGCAAUCCUACUAUUCUUGAUCAAGCUGGGAAUAAAAUUGAGGCGUAAUCGCCUCUCAUGUAAAUUCUUCUGUAAAUUGAUUGUAUGUGAAAUAUAAGUACCAUUAUUUUCAAGAGCAGUUCUGUGCGAUACCUUCGUUCAGA